AUGGCUGACAACGACGAUUGGGGCAGCGCACCUCGCGAACGAUCCGCAUCGCCCAGAAGGGACAUCGAACAUGACCGUUCGCCCGCACCAAGAGGACCGGCAGAUGGAGGCCCAGGACCUGAACGUGGUCGUGCACCCGGAGGAGGUCAAGAUAACGGAAGUGUGAACCCUGGUAACAAUUUACACGUUUCAGGUGUUAGCAAACAGGCAAAAGAGAGCGAUAUCGAAGAAGCUUUCGCCAAGUUUGGCCGCGUCGUACGCUGUCAAGUCAUGCUUGAUCCUCAUACCCGUGAGCCCCGUGGCUUUGCUUUUGUUACAAUGGACAGUGCAGAAGCAGCAGAUGCUGCUAUUGCUGGUCUAACGGGUGUGGAAGUGAUGGGUCGUCCUUUGAGCGUACAACGGGCCAAACGUGGACGUGCUCGUACUCCUACGCCAGGCCGUUAUCAUGGACCUCCAAAGAACGAUCGCUACGGUCCUGGUCCUCCAGGUCGAGGAGGUUAUGGUCUCCCACCAAUGGACUAUCGAUAUGGUCCACCACCUCCGCGUGAUCCUUAUGACCGUUACGGACCUCCUCCACCGCGUGAUCCUUACGAUCGUUAUGGUCCACCACCACCAAGAGAUUAUCCGCCACCACGCGAUUAUCCUCCUCCACCACGCGGUCCACCGAUGGGAUACGGUGGAGGCGGCGGCGGUCGCGGUUAUUCACCACCACCUCGUAUGCCACGUUAUGACGAUAUACCACCUCCGCCUCGUGGACGCUAUGAUGAUAUGCCACCUCCACCUCGCCGCGGUCCAUACGAUGAUUUACCUCCGCCACCUCGAAGUCGAUAUGAUGAACCGCCUCCACGUCGUUAUUGAUCUUACAAUUAAAGGAUGGUGAGAAAGGUAAGAGAUGGAAGAAUGGGUUUCUGAACGUUUCAAAAGCAUGCAAAAUAUGAAUCAAAUUUGUAUGAGAGAAAUGACAUUUAAUUCGCGUACUUUUGUCAUACGGAAGCGUUAUAGAAAAGAUAUUGCGCUUUAGAGAAUCGAACUGAUUUCGUUGGGUAAAAGUUUGACGUCUUGCCGAUCCCGACGAAGUGGAAGGGAGAUCGGCCAUUUUUAGCAUCUGGAAGGAGGGUGAGAAAUUGUUGAAAAUGGUAAUUCAAUGCGGAUCUACUUUUAAACAAGGCGGGUACAAUCUUGCGACUUGCCGUACCCUUUGUCAUUUUCAAAACUGAUGGAGAAGGACUUGGCCUUGCUUCUUUCCGCAGAGAAGGGUGCAGGAAGCGUUCAGAUCCACAAAAGUCGCAUUGCCUCGGUCCGAAGAGCGCUCCUUUAUUGUCUCUCUUGAAAUCU